AUGCAUAAAAAAUUACAACAAGUAUUUAAAAGUGCAUGUGUUAGUAAUAAAAAUCACUAUAAAAAACCUCCUUUACAUCAGGCUGCUGAGAAUAAUCAGAUAGAGGUAAUGAAGGGCCUAUUAAGAAAAGAAGAAGGUAAAGAAGAUGUGGAUGUGGAUGUUAAUGCUGUAGAAGAUAGAAAUAAAGAAACGGCUUUACAUUUUGCUGCUGGAUAUGGUCAUAUAGAGGCAGUAGAGUUUCUUUUAGCAGCAGGCGCAGACAUUGACGCUAAAAAUAAAUAUGAUGAAACUCCUUUAUCUUGUGCUUCUCGCGAUCAUCAGGAUUCUCAAGGUCAUCAUAUGGAGGUAGCGAAGAUGCUAUUAGACAACGGUGCAGAUGCUAGGAUUGCAAGUAAAUUCGGAUACACCCCUUUACAUUGGUGGGCUCGUAGAGGUCAUAUGGAUAUUAUAAGGGAUUUAUUAGCAGCAGGUGUAGGUAUUAAUGUUGCAAAUGACUAUGGAGAUACUGCUCUACAUUGGUCCGCUAAGCGUAGUUAUAGAGGUGUGGUAAUGAUUCUGUUAGCAGCAGGGGCAGAUCCUUCAUUAAUGAAUAUGUAUUCUCAGACUCCGGCGGAUUUAGUGCAGACUCCUGGUAUAGAAAAGAUUUUUAAGGAUGCAGGAGCUAUAUUACAGAAAAUGCGGGAGGAAAAAAUUGGCAAGAGUGGGAUAUCGCCUAUUGACAUUGUUAUAGCCAAUGAGGCUAAUUUAAUACGUUACGCUCAUGAUGUUGAUGUGUACCAAUGGUUGCAAGGUCAAUUUUAUUAUUAUGACCCAUUGGAACAAGGUUCAUAUGGUGAUUAUUCUGAAUUGAUAUGUUCUCGGUAUCAAACUAUAAACGGAAGAAUAUGUAUAGCGAACGAUGCUAACAAGGUGACAGCUCAACCUAAUACUCAACUAGAUGCAACACAAAUAGCAGGAGGGUCUGGCUUAGGUAAAUAG